GUUCCAGGAACACCCUGUGGGGGACCCAGCCCCUGCCGUACCUGGUGCCAACCUCAUGGCGCUGGAAUACCGGGAGAUGAGGACUCGUCGUGUGGCGAAGAAGAAGAAGAAGCUUUGAAACGGGCCGCGAGGGUGUGUGUGUGUGUUGCGGUGCGUCUGUAGCAAAAUUGAACCACUAGAUACAUCGGUCGGGGAAUGCCGCAUUGUUUUGAUCGUCGUCGUCGUCUUCGUCAGUUUCUAGCAGGAAUUUGGCGUGCUCCGAGAUGGCCAAUAUGAACUGAGCGGAUUAUUCGUGAGCUUGCGCUCUGCCGUUUAUAUCUCUUUCGGUGCAUUUUUUUUUUUGGUAUUUGGGAUCGAUUGACGUGUGUGUGGUGGUGAGAUUGUGAUGGUAAGGUGAAACGAAGGGAGGUGACGGUCGUGGUUGCGUGUUAGUUUGGCUCGAUUGUGCCGCCGGUGAUUUGUACUUCAUUUUUGCAGUUUGUAUCAAGUCGGGGAUUACGCAGGUGUUUCUGCGUUGCGAAGAGGGAUUGAUUUAUAUAUAUAUAUAUAUAUAUAUAUAUAUAUUUCUUCCGGUUGAGGUUUGAUUUGUGGAGUGAGUUAGUAGGGAGAAACUUGCAGAAGUUGUUUGAGUACUGCGAGUUGUUAAAAAUGGAAUUCGAAUUGCUGUCGCAGCAUUCGGAUGUCUGGAUCGCUUUUUGAGAGGGUUACAAGCGGAUUUCUCCUUGUUUGGCCAAGUCCCUGCCGUACCAUGGCAUUGGGAGGACUAGUACGCGCAAGAGAAAGUGAUACUGGAUACGUUUUUUCGCGAUUUUUUGGGGUGCUGUUUGGGGAUUCAUCUUGACCCGAAGUAGAUUGUAGAGUUUGUUGAUACGAAGUGGUGAUGAUUUGCGUGACCUUUCCCUCACCACUUCUUACUAUACGGGAGCAAUUGCGUCGGCCUGUGUUUUUAGUCAAGAAAGGCAGUGCAAGGCCUGGUUGCAGGAUGCGUCUACAUACUGGCUGGUGCUCUCGGAAACGAAUUUGAAAUGCGAGUGAUGCAAGUUGGUCGAACCAUCGACAGAGCAAUGUGGCUGGCCAAACGUGGCGGAGAGUGUCAAUAGUCGGAUCCAGAAAUAAUGGCCAGCAUUCAACCCUUGAAAGUUCAAAACUUUCUCUAUUACGCUUUCUAGUUCACGUCUUCUUCGCACGAGCUAAGAGCACGAGGUACCAGGGAAUUACACCCAAAUACUUCAGAUUGUUCUAAGAGCUAACGCGGAAGAUGAAUUUUCCUGACUGUAACGUCUCGAAGCAACCACGUUUAAAGGACACAAGCACUUGGGUGGAAAAGAGAACAAGACUGUAAUGAGCGUUGGGAAUACUACGUGUCGUGGGAGGGAGCAGGAUGCGAGAUUCUCAUUUCUGCGAGAUGCGGUGGUACUCAGAGAUUUCGAAUGCCGCGUUUUGUGAAUCUUUGGAGCUGCGGAGGAUCCUCUUGCAGAAGCGGCAGUUACUUGGGAGUGGUAAACAAAGAUCCCCCCCGCUUGAACCUGCUAGUGCAGAAUUUAUUUCUGCUUUGGCUGCUGGAAUCAACUCACGUCAUACCCUGCAAGUAGGAUGUGGAUUAUCUACACUAGCCCUCGCAGCAGCUGCGCGAGCCACCAACAGUUGCCUGUUGUCUGUGCAUGACGAAGCUGAGAAACAAGAUGUUGUUCGAUACUUCCUAAGAGAGAUGGAGUUGGAUGAUUACGUGGAAUUUAUUACAGAGGACCCCUCGACCUUUAUUCCUAAGAGAGAAGGGCUGGAGUUUGUGUUGUUUUCAGGGCAGCCUGAUCGUUACAUUGAGCUUUUUGAUCUUCUGAAGCUGAAGAAGGGAGCAAUUGUGGUGGCGGACAAUGCCCUAGACGACACUACAAAUGAUUACAUGCGACAUGUACGUCGACAACCCGGUGUUGAAUCCUCAACCCUGCCUCUUGGCCGAGGCAUUGAAGUGACCAAAAUCAUCACAUGGGAGGCAUUCAAUAGAGGGAGAAAAAUAUUUGAGGGCGAUGAAGAUCUUCACAAUGAUAAGGAUAGCAUGCGUCGACCUUGUCUACAGGGAGUAGUUCCUGCAACUCGCAGCAGUCCCUGCUUUUCUGCUUGUAACGGUGAUGCUUCUUCACAUACUUCUGAUGUCGACGCAGAGAGAGACCAUAAUCAAUCAGAGCCACCGAGUAGCACGGGAACUUCUGUACAUAAUGGUUGGCCUUAUAGGAGUGGAUAUGUCAUGCCAAUAGUGGACGAUUCUGAAGACCAUUUAGAAAUUCCCCAGAAUGAGGUCUUUGAACAGCAAUUUAAAUCAAUUCAGAGUCUUGCUGAGAAGUGGCGGAAACAGCUAGCUGCACUUAGUACAAGUUCUGGCAGCUCUGUAGAAGAAUCAGUACCUUUGCUUCCAGAGGUGAUGCAGGACGAGCCCCUUUCACAUCUUGACACACAACAAUCUAUGACCCUACCACACUAUGAAGCUCCUGGAGACCAAAAGCCCAAAAGUCCUCAAAAGGUUGGUAAUGUUGAAACCCUCGCUGCUAGUCUUCACUGGCAUUUGCCUGCUACAUGCUUGAAGGAUCUGCUCAGCAGUCUUGUUGUUUUGUUGUAUGGUAUCGUCCAAUGCUGCAGUCAGAAAAUGGUUCAUCUCUUCCUCCUAGUCUUUGAGAUAGACUUUAGGACGAACCUGGAGACCUCUUUAUCUCCACGUGAUGCUUCAAUAGCAGAGAAAGUUGCACCUGAACCCCUCGAUUCUACUGAGUUUGUCCUUUCUACUGAGGGCACUGUCAUUGAUUUUGAAGAACCUGGAUUUCAGGUGUCGUUCCAAGUUGACAAUGGUCAAACGGAGGUCACAGUGAUGGGAGCUGAGCAAGAGAUGUUGCUUUUUGACAUAACAUUUGCAUUCAACGAAACAGGCGUCAGUGUCAAAAGAGCCAAAAUAUCAACGCAAGUCGCAGGUGUAAUGGACAUCUUCUAUGUGGUGGAUGGGGAAACCAAUGGACCUCUCUCAGAGGCCCAUGAGGAGGAGGUUAGGAAACGCAUAUUGGAACGCCUUGCGGAGCGCCGUCAGGCACUAGUAAACCAGAAAGUGAAGCUCAUUUAACCAUCUGGAAUCGGGGAUUGUUAUCAUAUCCUAUUUUCAUCUUUCGUUUGCUUAAUUUGAGUGGUUCGAUCAAGACGAGUACCUCAUUAGAGUUUGAGGCUUUAGCUUCCUCGGUAGAACCUUUUGGCAAGGAUUUUCAAGCCUAGAACACUUAUAGUUGGGGCAACGCAAUCACUUGCAAACCCGUCUUUUGGUAUUCCUACCUCGAGUGUAGAAAAAUCAUUUUCCGGGUCUUCAGUAGAAAUUAAGAAGCUUGGCAGAAUUGUAAUUCAUAAGAUAUUUUUCCCUUAAUUAAUCAUAAUUUCCCUUUGAGCAUCUUUUAAAGUUUUA